GAAAAAAAGAAGAAGUCAAAGAGCCAGCUGUUCUUCCUCUUCGUAGAUUGCAGCGCGCAUAACUCCUCCAACGUUCGGCUCCAUCAAAUUCGCGACAUUCAAUUCUCAACGGGAAGUAACUCAACGGUAAGUUACUCCUUCUUGCUAUAAAUUGGAGCAACAUCAACUCAAGAACGCAGGGGGGAAACACACGAGAAUAAAGCAGCGGCCAAGCCGCUGCUACGGCGGGUUCCGGCGGACAUCUCUGGCGCGGCGGUGGACGGCCGGCAGACACGAACCGGCGGCGGCAUCAUCUCCGGCGAGCGGUCGGCAGUAGCUCCGGGCAGAGGUAGAAGCAUGUCCUUUGGAGUAAAAAUCUGCACAAACAGGUGUGAAAUCUGAUCCAAAUCAGUAGCUCCAGCCUCUCAGUGUCCCAGGUUUAAGCUUUAGUUUCCUUACCCUUUUAGUGUUCAAAGUUUGGUUUCUGAUAUUACAGUUUGCACAAUGAGAAUCUGCACUAUAAAGUCAUAAUUUUGCUUGCAAAAGUGAAUAACCUACCCAUUCAAAUCUGAUUUUUGAGCUUCAAUGGUAAAUAUCUACAUUAUUAAUGUGCAAAAUUCUGAUCCAGAUCAGCGGUCUCAAGUACCCAAUGGUUUAUCUGUUGUAAAAUUUCAUUUUCCUUAAGGUUUGGGUGCUAUUGUAUGGACAUAUUUAAGCUGAAAAUUGAGACAUAUGCAGUGUUUACAACUGAUUUUUUGGAUACUAAUGAAAAGUUCUGCAUUUAGAAAGUUAUUUUUGGACUUGUAAGCUGAUUUUUUGAGUGCAAAAUGCAAAUUUUACACUUUUUACAACUUAUAGGUGCUGAAAUAGAAAAAAUCUGCAAUCUUUUCUUAGUGUUCAAUCUGAUUUUUGAGUUCAUCAGAUGCAUAUGUGCUGAAUUAUGAUGUUUAAUAGAUGCAUAUGAGCUGCUUUGCACGUGCAUGACAUAUUGACAUAACUAACCUUCUCAUAUACAGUAUUCUGCUUUGAAAAUGCAAAAGAGCGCUAGAAUCUGUUCUCAGGAACUUGACUUGAAGCUUGAAAUCUGCAUUUCUUUAAAUCUGAUUUUUUCUCUUCAAAGCUAGAAGACUUGGUCUUAGUCAUGUUUUGCAGAUUUUAGGUCCAUCGAGCACUUUAAGGAGGGAAAAGUGAUGAGUUGAUGCUGCGUAUACUUUGUUUUUUAGUUGCAUUCCCCUUUCCCCUUAUCGCUUUACUAAGUCCGUGCUUGCUUAAUAUUGCCAUUUGCAUACCAUAUAGAUGCAUCGAGGACUAUGCACAAUUUAAGUGUGGGGGAGAUUAUCAUAUUUAUUCCGUUGUUUGGGGAGUAUAUUUUUGGGCAAUUUGUUUUUUUUCUCUAAGUUUUGGGUCCAAAUAUUUUGUCAUUCUUUGUUGAAUAUCUCCUUAUUUAGAGCAUUGUUUCUAAAUUGACCCAAAAACCUCAUUGUUUUUUCUUGGUGAAAGUUGACAAAUGUUUCUUUUACAACCCCACCUUUGAGUCUUGAUGCCCAUUUUCUUGGUAAAAAAUGACCUUAACAUUUGAAUCUUUUUAUGUUUCCUUAGUAUUUUAUUUUCUAGAACUGGUCAUCCUCAUAUUAUCUAGAUGCUGUUUUAAUCACUUUUGCUUGAUAUUAAAAUUUGUAAAAGAACCAGUUUUAGGAACAUUUAGUUUUUUUUUAAGAAAAAUGUAAGUUUUUUUUAAUCUUUUAGGCUUCUUUUUUUUAAUCUUGCUACCGUUGCCAUUGAACCAUUUAGACCGUAGGAUUCCCUUAAAAAACUUUUUUGUGGCAACUUUAGAGCAUUUUUUUAGAACCCGAAAUAUCCAUAUUUUAGAUCUCCAUCUUUAUAGGAUUUGUAGCUCACUUUGUUUUAAAAAAUUUUUUGGGCAUAAAGUCUUUGGAGUGAGGGUGUAAAGUGCAUUUUGUUUUUCUUGAUGAUGAUUGAAAUUCAAAUGGUUUCUCUUUUUGGUCUUUUGAACGAGGACGUUCAAGUCUUAAGUGCGGGGGUAUUUGAUAAGUCGGGUUUGGGUUAGUUCUUUUUAUUCAAUUUUAGGUAUUUUUAAUAUUUUUAGAGUUUAAUUUUUAGUAGUUUAGCUUAGUUUUAUUUUAAUUCUCAUUUUUACAAUCUUUUAAUUUUCUUUUAAAAAUAGUAGGUUCUUAAUUAUUUUUUAACAUUUGAUUAUUGUCUUCAUUUUAUUUUAUUUUAUUUUUCCUAACUCAAAAUUAUCAGAUAUCUUAUUUUUUGGAGAAAAGUAUAACAACAGGUCAAAGUGCAGUUCAAGUUUGGAAAGAAGAGAAAGAUUUUGGGUCAGAGUCCAAACCAAACAUUAAAGAAUCAGCCCAAAACCUUACCUCCCUCCACUUUACUUUUACUUUCACGCAAGGAAAAAAAAGAUGUCAAAGAGCCAGCUGUUCUUCCUCUUCGUAGAUUGCAGCGCGCAUAACUCCUCCAACGUUCGGCUCCAUCAAAUUCGCGACAUUCAAUUCUCAACGGGAAGUAACUCAACGGUAAGUUACUCCUUCUUGCUAUAAAUUGGAGCAACAUCAACUCAAGAACGCAGGGGGGAAACACACGAGAAUAAAGCAGCGGCCAAGCCGCUGCUACGGCGGGUUCCGGCGGACAUCUCUGGCGCGGCGGUGGACGGCCGGAAGACACGAACCGGCGGGGGCAUCAUCUCCGGCGAGCGGUCGGCAGUAGCUCCGGGCAGAGGUUAGGCUGUUCCAUCACAGCUCCAGUUUACUCAAUUUGUUCAUCUUCUUCAACAAUGGGUAACCUUUAUUUGUCAAUUUUUAUUUUUUUUCCUCCAAUUCUAUGUAAAAGUUUGUUU